AUGAACAAAUACCAAGUUAAACGAUUUACACCAGAAGAAAUUUCAUCAAUGGUAUUAAGUAAAAUGAAAGAAACAGCAGAAACAUUUGUUGGAAAAGAAAUAAAGAAUGCAGUUAUUACAUGUCCAGCAUAUUUCAAUGAUUCUCAAAGACAAGCUACUAAAGAUGCAGGAACAAUUGCAGGAAUGAAUGUGAUGAGAAUUAUUAAUGAACCUACGGCAGCAGCUAUUGCAUAUGGACUUGAUAAAAAAAGUUCAGGAGAGAAGAAAGUAUUGAUAUUUGAUCUUAGAGGAGGAACAUUUGAUGUAUCAGUUCUUGCAAUUGAAGAAGGAGUGUUUGAAGUUAAAGCAACUAAUGGAGAUACACAUCUUGGAGGAGAAGAUUUUGAUAAUCGACUUGUUAAAUAUUUUAUUGGUGAGUUUGAAAGAAAAUAUAAGAAAGAUAUUAGUGGGAAUGCACGAGCUGUUAGAAGAUUAAGAACAGCAUGUGAAAGAGCAAAAAGAACAUUAUCAAGUGCAAGUGUUGCUAAUAUUGAAGUUGAUCAAUUAUAUGAAGGAAUUGAUUUUUAUACAUCUAUUACACGAGCUAGAUUUGAAGAAAUCAACAUUGAUUUAUUUAAAUCAACGAUUGGACCAGUUUCAAGAGUAUUAGAAGAUGCUAAAAUAGAUAAAAGUAGUAUUGAUGAAGUAGUAUUGAUAGGAGGAAGUACAAGAAUUCCAAAAGUCGUUGAGAUAUUAAAAGAAUUUUUCAAUGGGAAAGAACCAAAUAAAAGUAUUAAUCCAGAUGAAGCAGUUGCGUAUGGAGCAGCAGUACAAGCAGCUAUAUUAACAGGAACCGGAGGGAAAGCAACAGAAGAUGUGUUAUUACUUGACGUUGCAUUAAUUAAAUUUUGUGAGUCAUUUCUUUUUUUUGUUUACUCACAAAACAUUCUCACUCCUUAG